AACAAUUGGAAAUCUUUAUACCAUCUCCCGUCUCUGCUGAUUUCCGUACUUUUUCUUUCAGACAUGGGACGUGCUCAACUGUGAUAUGGCAAAUGUUUGACGAUAUUUUUGAUGCCGUAAAGGGUAAAUUCGACGAGAUAUCGACAUCAGUCGACGAUCGAAUAAAGGAAGCCCGAGACAACAGGUCCCGAAAUGGAACAGAUUCAGAUCAGAAAUCAGGAUUGUUUGGUAGCUUUAUCGAGCUUGUCGACGAAGCAAAUGACACAAUCAGUAAACUGCUGACUGAAGACAAAGUAGCUGGUCCGCUCCAGAUCGGUGCACCGCCGACAGGUUCUCUUAAACCCAGAUCAUCCAUUACUAGAGACUCUAACGGGGCUGGAAGCAGUCGGUCUAACCUGGAGUCAGACGAUGAUAUGUACGGUUACAAUCUUACUGAUGACGAGAGCGAGGAUGAGGAAGGGGAUGAUAGCGUUGGAGAUAUGCCUAAAAUCAGGUCUCAUCUCAAAGGAUCAGAUCCAAAUUCUCCAUCCGUCGAUAAGAAAUUAAAUCUAUCAGAUCUAGGCGGGGAACCGCUGCCAAGAUAUGGACUGCCCUCGGUCUAUCUGAAACCAAGUGAAGUCUGUCAACGUCGGGUUACGACCACCAGACGGAUAACAGAAGCCGACCUGGACGAGAAUUCUCCGUUGUAUCGACACAGAGACCAAAUUCUGGGUGCGGAGACUCAGAAAAAAGUAGCAACGGCGGAUUCUAAAUCUGGCGACAAAAGCAAGCGUCUGUUUAGAUAGAACUAUCACUAAACCACAAUUUUCGUAAAAUCGGUAAGGGUAAAAAAACUGCUAACUUACCUUUUACAGCACCUCUGUUUUAAAGCACCUCUUUGCUG